AUGGAUGAGAUACGUCGUCUUAAUCCAAAGCUGAGCAAAUACUUGGAAGAUGCGGAUAUUCGAUUAUGGUCUACGGCUCAUUUCCAAGGAAACAGGUACAACAUCACCACAACUAACACUGCCGAAUCAAUCAAUGGACUUUUGAAAGAUGCAAGAGAGUACCCCAUCGUAGCUUUUCUCGAUCAUGUGCGGGCUACUCUAACUCGCUGGUUUUGUGAGCGUCGAGAAAAAGCUGCAAAACUUGUCACAGAACUUGGACCAUAUGCUGCCCGUGAAAUUGAGAAAAUACGUGAAGAGGCAAACACACUUGCGGUGCAGCCUAUAAAUCUAAAUCAGUUUCAUGUGACUGGUGGCUCACAAGACGCUGUAGUUGACAUACAGAAAUUGAGUUGUUCAUGUCGUGCGUUUGAUAUAAAGAAGAUUCCAUGUAUGCAUGCCAUUGCAGUUGCUACGAAAAAACAGAUUCCUGAGCACACGCUCUCAGAUCCUUGCUACACGAGAGCUUUUCUAUUUGCUGCAUAUUCUGAGUCCAUCUAUCCUGUUCAAGGGAUUCUUAAUGAUAUCCAAAUACCAUCUGAAGUUGAAAAAAGUCAGUGUUUACCUCCUCAAGGUCGACGUCGUUCAGGUCGACCGAAGAAAAAAAGAAUCCAAUCCUCAUUAGAGAUUGCAAUGGAGAACAAGCGACCACGAAAAGAGCACAAGUGUUCAAGAUGCAAGCUUCCUGGACAUAAUAAAAAAACAUGUGAAACGGCGUUACCAUGA